UGCAAAGUUUUUGGGCUAAAUUGGUGGUUACCGCUCCUCUCACAAGCUAGAAAUAUAGCAGUGAACUUGUACGACUGCGAUCUGCACGCUGUGCAUCGGUAGCCGCAGCACUUCAUCACACGCCGCCGUGCGCCACCAGGGUCAGUUGUGCUCCGCUGCUCAAUCCACCGCAGCGAUAGCAACGCGAAUGAAUGCCGCCUCCAGCGGCGGCGCGUUCCCGUACCUUACCAUUGAUCUGGACGCGUCCGCGGGUCCUCUGUCCUUCCUGGCCUUGCCUGACCGAGCACGCGCGGAGGCGGUGUCGCGCGGUUUUUUGCACGCGACGCGCGCGCCUUUGCUUUGGAGGGAGUUUGACGCUAGAAAGGAUUUCACCCGUCCCUCCCGUGGAGAGGUAAUUAUCAACGACACAUUAUUUUUUCGGGCCUUCCUGCGCAAGGCCCCGCGGCUGUCUUGGGUGAAAUGUUUGAGCCUGAUUCCUAAUGAUCUCUCGGAGGCGUCGAUCAAAAUCAUCGGUGCCAACUGCCCAAAUCUGACGGUGCUGAAGGUGUAUGGCCUCACUGACGACAGUCUGCGGGCUAUCGGAAACGGCUGCCCAAGGCUCAAGGUGCUCGAGUUUUAUACUGACCCGGGGGAUGAGUUGACCGAAGACGGGCUCGUGUAUGCUCUCGAGCGCUUUCCGGCGCUGUCGACCCUCCGGGUUUCUCCAAGGGGCCCCGGGGGCGGUGACGAAGCGUUGGUGAGGGAUAAAACCGUACUGGCCGUCGCCCGUCACUGCAAGUCGUUCAAGAAGCUCGAUUUAUAUGGAGCGGAACUCACGGACGCGUCGAUAGUAGCGCUCGCGAACGGCUGUCCUCUGCUCGAGACGCUCGACCUCCACAGUUCCUGCAGCGACUCGGAUGCGCCGGCUCCAGCCCUCACGGACGCGUCUCUGAUUGCGGUCGGCGAGCGGUGUGGUCUCCUGAAGUCCCUCACACUGUCGAACUGCGAGCGAUUUACUGACGCUGGGGUGCUUUCCCUCGCCAGGGGCUGUCCUUUGUUGGAACGCGUCCACGUCGAUAAUUGUCCCUGGUUUGGCGACGCGGCGGUGGCCGCCCUCGCGGCUCAUUGUCCGCUUCUAUGGAAUUUUUCCGCCGAUGUGAUGACAUACGAUGACGACGAAUGGGAACGCUACCACCGCCUGACCGAUCCGACCAGGUUAUGGCUCCGACGCAACCUGCCAUGCUGGGGCUCCACCAAACCGCCGCCCGGUAGGCUCAACAUGAAGGAGGCCCUCGUCGCGCACCCGCCCCCGUGGUUAUAAUUACAUAGUAUAC